CGCUUGUGGAAGAAUAGAAGAAUAGAGCUGGUUAGAAGCUGUGACCCCAAAUGGAGAGCUCCCAUGGCUUGACGAGACCGGACCGAAAGACCGUGGAGAAGAAUAGAAGAAUCCAGAUGAAGGCUCUCUGCUCCAAGCUCGAAUCCCUCCUCCCCAGCUCACCAAACUCGAGGGAGGGAGUGACGCUGCCACUGCCGGAUCGACUAGAUGAGGCGGUGAAUUAUAUCAAAGGGCUGCAAGGGAGGCUGGAGAGGAUGAAGGAGAGGAAGAGGCAGUUGAUGGGAUCCGAGAGGAGGAGCCGAGGAAUGGGAAGCGAGGUGGGAGGGGGGAUGAGGGUGCCCCAGAUAGAGGUCCAGGACCUGGGUCCUGCGUUACGAGUUGUUCUAAUAAGUAGCCCGGUGGAUCGGCUUUUGUUCUACGAGGCGAUUCGAGUUCUGGAGGAGGAAGGAGGGGCGGUUCUCAAUGCCAACUUCUCGGUGGUCGGCGACAACGCUUUCCAUAUCAUACACUCUAUGGUCGCGGAUCCUAGAGGUGGUUCGGAGGCUACCAAGGUGUUGGAGAGACUAAAGAUGGCAUGUAGUCAAUGAUGAUGUUGUUAGACUAGUGUUUGUGUGUGUGUGAAAGGGGCUGUUCAGAUUUAUUAGAUUUGUAUUUGUUUUCUGACUAUCGUAUUCAUACUAGAUUUUGUAUGGGUGCUUCACUUUAUAAACAAUGAGAUUGAUCAAAUUUUUAGAAAGUGCCAAAAAUGAAUAAUGGAGAGUAAACUAUCUGUCACUUUCUGUAACAGGGCUAUCACUUUUUUCAACACGCGGAGGAAUGAUGGAGUUAGGAGUGCUUUAAUAGCUGUACAGUGACCGGUUCAAUAAUAUUUGUACGAAACAAGAUGACAAA